AUGGAACACAAGGACCAGCAGCUGGUGGUGGCACUCCGAAUCCGCCCGCUCAGUGACGUGGAGCUGCAGGAUGGUGCCACCAUCAUCACUCACAAACUGGGGGACCAGGUGCUGGUGCUCAUGGACCCCAGUGAGGACGCUGAGGACCCACUGCGUGCCCACCGGUCCCGGGAGCGGGCCUUCAUCUUCGACACCGUGUUCGACCAGCACGCCUCCCAGGAGGAGGUGUACCGUGCCACCACCCAGCAGCUGAUAGAAGGUGUUAUUUCUGGGUACAACGCAACUGUGUUUGCCUACGGUCCCUCAGGCGCAGGGAAGACCCACACCAUGCUGGGCAUGGACGCAGAGCCCGGCAUCUACCUGCAGACCCUCAGCGACCUCUUCCAGGCCAUCGAGGAGAGCCGUGAGGGCGUGGACUACAGUGUGUCCAUGUCCUACUUCGAGAUCUAUAACGAGGUGAUUCGGGACCUGCUGAACCCAUCUUCAGGGUGUCUGGACCUGAGGGAAGACGCCAAGGGCAGCAUCCAGGUCGCAGGUGUCAGGGAGGUCUCCACCUCCAACGCCCAGGAGAUCAUGCAGCUCCUCACCAAGGGCAACCGGCAGCGCAUGCAGGAGUCCACGGCCACCAACAGCACGUCGUCACGUUCCCACGCCGUGCUGCAGGUCACUGUGCAUCAGCGCAGCCGUGGCGUGGACCUGGCCGAGGAAGUGCGCAUCGGGAGGCUCUUCAUGGUGGACCUGGCGGGCUCGGAGCGGGCAGCCCAGACCCAGAACCGCGGCAUGAGGAUGAAGGAGGGUGCACAUAUCAACCGCUCGCUGCUGGCACUGGGCAACUGCAUCAAUGCGCUCAGCGAGAAGAGCGGCGGCCGCACGCAGUUUGUGAAUUUCCGAGACAGCAAGCUCACGCGCCUGCUGAAGGAUGCCCUGGGAGGGAACAGCCGUACAGUAAUGAUUGCCCACAUCAGCCCGGCCAGCACCUGCUUUGAGGAGUCACGGACCACGCUACUCUACGCCAGCAGGGCCAAGAACAUCAAGACCAGGGUCAAGCGCAACCUGAUGAACGUAUCCUACCGCAUCGCGCAGUACACAGACGUCAUCUCGCGCCUGCGCAGGGAGAUCGAGCACCUCAAGUCCAGGCUCGAGAAGAAGAGCGAGCCUGCUGCCCAGGACAUGCAGGUGCUGCUCGUCUCCCCGGACGCGGAGGAGGACGGCCGGCUGCAGAUGAGCAGGAUCCGGGCUCAGCUCGUCGGGGCCUUCAGGGAGCAGAAGGAGAUGCGGAGCAGCUUGGUGGAGCUGGAGAAUGCCAGCACUGAGCUGCACAUGGACAUGUCUCGCCACCUGCUGACCCUUGCUGACUGGGAGCGGGACAGGACCCACCUCCGUGCACACAGAGGACACCAGGAGCCCGAGAAGGAUGAGGAGCCCAUGGAUGGGGACGGUGGCGAGUCCACAGAGCCACAUGAAGUGGCCCUGGCCAGGGAGGAGGUCAACCUGCUGCUGGCGGAGCAGCGGAAGACGGCAGCCCUCAAGGCAGAGCUGGAGCAGCGGCUGGCCCAGGCCAAGCAGAAGGCCUCGCAGAUGGAACAGCUGCUGCCGCAGUGCGUCACCAGCGAGGACCAGCGCGAGGUGCUGCGACUGCUGUGCCAGAAGGACCUCCUCCUCCAGCGCUACCACCAGCACCGGCGCCUCUGCCAGCAGCUCGUGGAGGGGCAGCGGCGACUCCUGCAGGACCACGGCAUCCCAGUGCCUGAGCACCUGGACAGGCGGUACUGCCUGUUCUCGCAGGAGCUGGGCGAGGGCGCCCUGGACCGCCUGCUGCUGCUGCACUCGGAGAUGGCCAGCUCCCUCCGGGAUGGCUCUGUGGUUGGUGUAUCUCCCCCGCUGGGAGAAGCUGCCCGGGAGCAGCCCACUGACCUGGAGGACCUCCCGUGGGCUGCCCGGUCUGAGCUACCCCAAGAGCUGUUGGAGAGCCACAGCGCAGGCCCUGGCUCACGGAAAGCAACACCGUCGAAGAGGCUGGGCAGGCAGGAUUCCCUCCUGCCCCUGCCCUCCCUGCUCACACCUCCGGCACUCGAGAGGCCGGCCUUCCUGAACAGGAAGAACUUGGUCUGCACGCUGCAGCCGGCGGCCGGCCCGGAGCUGAGCGCCUCUGCCCUCAGUGCUCAGGCCCUCCAGGAGAUGGCUGCGGGCACCAAAGGCAUCGCCCUCCUCGCGGCCAGCCGGCGCUCCAAGGCGCAGACCCAGGAGGGCGGCAGUGGCCGUUCCUCCCGCCACCUCCUGGAGGAGGCAGCCCCAGAGCCCAGGGACCAGAAGCCUAGCACCAGCCCGGGUCUCAGCCCUGCCCCUGGGAGGCGACCCCGAGCCAGCCCAUGCAGGGAGCCCUCCAGGGAGACGGACAGGAGGAAGCAGUCAGCCUGCCUCCCCUGGAGCACGCAGCUGGCGGCCGUGGAGCAGCAGGGGGAGGGCCGGCCCUCUGCCGUGCCCACCCGAUCGCCCGGAAGGAGCUUUCUUCCUCCUGUCACUGUGGUCUCCAGGAUGAAGCCCAGCCACAGCCUCCAUGCAGAUGACCACACACCACACGUGCCUGAGGUCAGCUUCACCUUCCCCAGCGCCGUGUGGCGGAGCAGCCCAGGCUCAAGCAGGGUGCCCCUGCUGCCCAGGGACAUCCGAGGGUCCACCGACAGCAUGGGCCAGCACCACAGCCCACUGCCCCCCAGCAACCCCCGAAGGCCCCAGGGUGGCAGUGCCAAGACAGCAAGAAGACUGAAGUAG